CAAACGCAAAACCCUAAUUCUUUUUCUCCUUCAUAUUUAUACGCUCGCUCCUCUUGGUGCUUUUCUACUGCCGCGGCGAGACCUGCUCAUUUUCUCUCUCUCUCUCUCUCUCUCUCUCUCUGUCUUUGGAGCAUCGGAGUCGCAGCCUGUUCAGGAUCGGAGAAUGGAAUCCACAGUGAAGCAUGCUCUUGUGGUGAAGGUCAUGGGCCGGACUGGGUCUAGGGGACAGGUUACUCAAGUGAGAGUCAAGUUUUUGGAUGAUCAGAAUCGGUUCAUCAUGAGGAAUGUCAAGGGACCAGUGAGGGAGGGUGAUAUCCUUACCUUGCUCGAGUCUGAGAGGGAAGCAAGAAGGUUGCGGUGAUUUUCUGUUGCCUCCUACUGCUGUUUUGCUAAGAAGCGCACGACUGUUAUCUCUGUUGGUCAAUGACAGUUGUGUUGCCGAUGCAUGCUGUUACUUUUCAAUGUUUCGUGUUGUUAGUAGUAACUUCCCUGACUUUAUUUUUGUGAUGGAAUUUCUAGUCUGUCUGAUUAAUACUUGAAUUAUCUAUUUUAUAUCAAUGAAUAUUUUAGCUAAUUUUUUUUCA